AUGAAAGUCUGUACCUUUAGCAACCACUUAGAUGCUGUGGUUGCUAUUGCUCAUGAAAUACCUCAUCACAUUCUCAGUAUUGUUGCCAAUAUGACUGGUUGUGUUGUGUCAUAUAAUCCACCACCUUGUACGAAUACCUGCCAGGAUGUAAAGUACAGAUUAAUCACCGGAGCCUGCAACAAUAGAAAUCACCCUUCCUGGGGAGCUUCAAAUACUAUUUUAUCUAGGUGGCUGCCAUCACAAUAUGAGGAUGGAAUUAGUGAGCCACAGGGAUGGAAUACAGAUUUCCUCUACAACAAUUUCUCUCUGCCUCCGGUACGUGAGGUUACCAAUAAAAUAAUUCAUGCAUCAAAUAAAGCUUUUCAAGAAGACAGUUUAUACUCCCACAUUAUAAUUGAAUGGGGCCAAUACAUAGAUCAUGACAUGGCUUUUACCCCACAAAGUAUUAAUAAGAGGAAAAGUAUGUGGAGUUCAGACUGCCACUGUAGCAGCAAGAAUCAUAAGUCGUGUUUCCCUAUAAAGCUAGCUACCUCACUUUCCUCAGCCUCCUCUCUUGGAUGCAUACCAUUUUAUCGCUCUAUGGCAGCCUGUGGCACCGGAGAUCAGAGUGCAGUGUUUGGAAUUGACUCAAGUACAAGCCCAAGAGAACAAAUAAAUGCUUUGACAUCAUUUAUUGAUGCAUCAACAAUCUAUGGCAGCACAGCAGCUGUUGAAAAUAAAGUGAGGAAUCUUUCCAGUGAGGAAGGUCUUCUGAGAGUAAACCUUCAACAUUCAGAUCACGGACGAGAGUACAUGCCUUUUGUAGAUGACACACCGUCACCCUGUAUACAAGAGCUUAAUGCAGCCAAUGAUGACAGAAUCAAAUGUUUCUUUGCAGGUGAAACAAGGUCAAAUGAAGUCAUAACCCUAGCGGCAAUGCAUACACUGUGGUUAAGAGAACACAACCGUGUGGCCAGAGCUUUGAAAAAACUCAAUCCUCACUGGAGUUCUGAAACGACCUACAAAGAAACUCGGAAAAUUGUUGGAGCUCUUCAUCAGGUCAUCACCAUGCGAGAUUACAUUCCCAAAAUUCUGGGUCUCUCAGCUUUUCAAAAAUAUAUUGGCAGUUACCAAGGAUACAAUGAAAACAUCAAUCCCUCAAUUUCUAAUAUAUUUUCUACAGCAGCUUUUCGUUUUGGCCAUGCCACUAUUCCUCCAGUUGUGCACAGAUUAGAUUCUCAGUACAGAGAACACCCACAGUACCCAAGUCUUCUACUGAAUGAAGUAUUUUUCCGCCCCUGGAGGAUAAUAAAAGAAGGAGGACUCGACCCGUUGAUAAGAGGUUUGCUUGGAAAACCUGCAAAACUGCAAACCCCACAAGAAAUUAUGGAUGAAGAGUUAACAGAAAAACUGCUUGUGCUCUCCAAUAAUGGUUCAAUGGAUUUGGCAUCUCUUAAUUUGCAGCGAGGUCGUGACCACGGCUUACCAGGAUACAAUGAUUGGAGAAAGUUUUGUGGACUACCGAGACUAAACUCAUCAUUGGACAUGAGAAUAGCGAUUUCUGAUGAGAACAUCACAAGGAAAAUUAUAGAGUUGUAUGGACAUCCUGACAACAUUGACGUGUGGUUGGGCGGUCUAGUAGAAGACCUCUUACCAGGAGGAAGAACAGGACCCUUAUUUGCUUGUUUAAUUGGAGUUCAAUUUCGAGCACUACGAGAUGGAGACCGGUUUUGGUAUGAAAAUUCAAAUGUUUUCACCAGCAAACAGAAAGCGGACCUUGAAAAGCAUUCUCUGUCUCGUGUGAUUUGUGAUAAUACAGGACUAACACGUGCACCUUCUAAAAGCUUUCUGAUGGAAAAUUAUUCAGAAGGUUUUACAUCUUGUGACAAUAUUCCUAGCAUGAAUCUAGAAGCCUGGAAGGAGAAUCCAGAACAAGGUGCACUGUGUGGUCUUCCAAAGAAGAUAGAGAAUGGUGAUUUUAUAUAUUGUUCAGAGAUACUCUUAAUUUAUUUUUGUUACCCUGGAUAUCGCUUAGAAGGAAAUGAAAAAUUAGCCUGUCAUGGAAAUCAAUGGAACACUACCCAGCCCCCAAUCUGUAAAGAUAUCGAUGAAUGUUUAGAUCAGAUGACUCCCCCAUGUCAUACCUCCGCUACAUGUAGGAAUACAUUGGGCAGCUAUCAAUGUCUGUGCACCGAUCCAUAUGAACUUGCUGAAGACAAAAGGACCUGUGUAGGACAGACAGGACUACUGGUUCUCAAAAAGCUUAGAAUCUCUGUUGAAAAAUAUAUGGCAUCAGAGGUGUGUGAGGACGCUAUCACAAUAGGAAUGGUACGCCAUCCAGGGCAGAUUGUAUAUGUGGGCGACAUACAAAAUAUAAUCAGGAAACAGAUUGAAAAAUGAGGACAAUUCUAUCUGAUAAUUGGCGGCAGUCCUUGUAAUAAUUUAUCUGUGGUUAACCCACACCGGAAAGGCCUUUAUGGGGGCAGUGGACAACAGUUUUUUGACUUUCCACGAUUACUCAAUAAACCUAAGACAGGAGAUAAUCGGCCAGUCUUCUGGUUAUUCGAGAACGUGGUUGCGAUGGAGAAAGCAUUCCAAAAAACAAUUUCUCUCCACCUGGAGACAAAUUCUGUCAAGAUUGAUGCAAGUGCGGUAUCAGCUGCUCAUCGAGCAAGAUACUUCUGGGGGAACCUGCCUGGCAUGAACAGGCCUCUAGUAGCUACAGUCAAUGAGAAGACAAAGCUUCAAGAUUGCUUGGAGCCUGGAAGAGUCGCGAAGUUCAUCAAGAUUCAAACCAUAACUACCAGCCCCUGGUCUCUUCAUCAGGGAAACCAUCACAAGUUCCCAGUCAUCAUGGAUGGGAAGGAGGACAUCCUGUAGUGCACGGAGAUGGAGAGGGUCUUCGGAUUCCCCCCGCCCUAUACGGACAUCUCAGAAGUGAACCGCUGCUCCCGACAGGAGUUCCUGGGAAGGUCGUGGAGCGUCCCAGUCAUCUGGCAUCUAUUCGCCUCGCUGAAGGAUUAUUUUGAAAGUGUGUAG